CGCCCCCCUCUGGCAAAGCGCCUCGAUUUCCCAGACGACAUCGCUUCUAGUGCAUUCCGCCAUAUUGCCAUCGCCUAAAACGCGCUGGCUGGAUCGGCUUCUAUCCAUAACUGAAAAUUUGUGCAGUGAUGACUCAGACGGUUCAGACCAACGGGGUUCAACCCCUCAGUAAGACCUGGGAACUGAGUCUGUAUGAGCUACAGAGAACUCCACAGGAAGCUAUAACAGAUGGACUGGAGAUAGCCGUGUCGCCCAGGUCCUUGCACAGUGAACUAAUGUGCCCUAUCUGUCUGGACAUGCUGAAGAACACAAUGACAACUAAAGAAUGUCUGCACCGCUUCUGCGCUGAUUGUAUCAUCACAGCUUUGAGAUCUGGUAAUAAAGAGUGUCCUACCUGUCGUAAGAAGCUGGUGUCUAAGAGGUCGCUGCGUCCAGACCCGAAUUUUGAUGCUCUGAUUAGUAAGAUUUAUCCCAGCCGUGACGAGUACGAGGCCCACCAGGAGAGAGUAUUGGCCCGCAUUAGCAAACACAAUAACCAGCAAGCCUUGUCCCACAGCAUAGAGGAGGGGCUGAAGAUACAGGCUAUGACCAGACUGCAGCGUGGUAAGAGACACACAGUGGAGAAUGGAAGCGGAGCAGAAGACAAUGGAGACUCCUCCCACUGUAGCAACGCCUCUGUCCACAGCAACCAGGAGGCAGGUCCGAGCAUCAAACGCACCAAGACGAGCGAUGACAGCGGUCUGGACAUGGACAAUGCUGCUGAGAAUGGGGGCGGGGACUCUGUGAUCGAUGGCGGUGCAAGUGAAAUAGAACUGGUGUUUAGGCCACAUCCAACCUUGAUGGACAAGGAUGACAGUCACAACAGUGUGGAGUUUGUUCCUCGCUACAUUAAGACGUCCGGUAAUGCAACAGUGGAUCACCUGUCUAAAUACCUGGCUGUCCGAUUGGCUCUGGAGGAACUGAGAAGAAACGCUGAGGCCAGUCCUGUCAAUGUGGAGGCGGCUUCAGAGAAACAGUACACCAUCUACAUCCCCACUGCUGGAAACCAGUUCACUGUCCUGAACGGUUCCUUCUCUCUGGAGCUGGUCAGCGAAAAGUACUGGAAGGUGAACAAACCCAUGGAGCUCUACUUUGCCCCUACUAAAGAACACAAGUAGACCCAUUAUAACACACACCUGCAUACACACACAACCACAUACACACUCACCAGUUGGAAGUAAACAGACGGACUUGGCUACAUGUGCGCACACAGGAACAAGAGAGGUGUGUGUGUCGGAAGGAGAGUAGGGGUGUUUGUGAAACCCCUGAACGGACUCUUGUAAAAAGAAAAAAACCCUUGUUUUAUAUUCUCUGUAUCUUUAUGUGUCUCUUUCUAUCCUUCUCAGUAGAAGGUAACAGAUCAGUGCAGCAGCUUGCAGAUAAAUCACAGAUAAAGCUCUGCUGCUAACAGUGACUAUAGAUUCUCUCCAGCUCAGAAAACCACGCUCCAUUCCCAGUCUCAGUUACCAAUGUGCUGUUUUCCAACUAAAGAAAUUGUAAUAUUCCAUAUUUGUUUUCAGCAGGCGACCCCUUUUAUACUGUUUGAUGUUGGUUUGUCAACCAGAGGGUAAAGGGAUUGUGAUGAAACGUAAUCUUAGAUCUCAUUUUGAAUUACAGCCACCAACAGGUCAGUCAGAGCUUUAGAGGCUGAGUUUGGAAAUGCUGCUCUUAGAUUUAAGAUCACACUCUACAUUGUUAAAGUCUGACUUGUGCUACAGCAAAAUAACCAAUCAGAAGAUAAAGUCGUAUGACACUCAGGCUGAUACCAACAUUGUAAUUACCCAUGCAUACUGUAUGUACAUGUGCGCUUUACAACUGUACCUGUCCACGAUAGAAAAAUCUGACAUGUACGGAAGCAAAAUCAGGCCAUAAUAAUCCGAAUUUCAUGGUGAAUUGAACCUACUGAAUACUCAAUGUUGAAAGAUAGGAAACCACAGAAUGUGAAGCGUUGAGAUAUUUCACUUUGAAAACCACCACUCUGAAUUUAUGUGGUGACAUUUCAGAUUAGUGUCUUUGCAGAUGGGAUUUUUUGAUCUAAAAUGACAAAUGGAUUUGAAAUAACACAGCUGAAAUAACUGCUUGACAUUUUCUAGGAGGGUAUCUCGUUUCCAUAAAUUCAGACAUAUUUCAAUCUUGAACAUUAAGUAAUCAGUUGUGGUUAAAGGUGUCUGUUGGUGUUUAGACCUCUACCAGCACUGUGAAGCUGUAUUUCUAUAACUGGAUUCCUGUUCUGUUGCUCUUGAGCACAUACUCGCACACAGUUGGUGCAAUGCACUGUCCAGCCUCUCAAUCAGGUGGUGGUAAUGUGCCAGUUACCGCAGCAAACGGACCAUUUGUCCAGUGAAGUGUCAAUGACCGACUGUCUCAAAAUGUUAAUCUCCAUAUGUAAGCUAAGUUGCGUCUCCCUUGUCUUCUGUCUACUUCCUGAGUGCGGCUUUCAAUUAUUUGAUUGGUGAUAUGUAUAAACCACUUUCUAGUGUAACCAGGCCUCAAGUUUUCAGUUGCUCAUAAAACUCAUAUAAUUAUUUUGUACAUUUCUUAGUUUGCAUAGUUAUGCCUCUGAAUAAAAGCCAGAUUUCAGCGCCAUCCGGCCCAGUGACGUACUGUUAUCACACAGUGUACAGGGACAAGAAGGCACCUGUUAAUCUGUUUGAAUGCUAGAUGGUAAAAUGUGCGUUUACACUGAGGAAUCCAGGUCAAUCUACAGCAUUCAAUGAUAUGAAGCUACACAGAUUGAAGAAGGCAAAUAGCGUUUUUUGUUUGAUUUAGUUUCUGAUACUGUUGCAGGUGUUCUCUGGAGAUCUUUUUUUGGACAUGUCUGUCGUCUUUCAAUAAAACCAGAGAAUGGUGACAGUUUGAAUGGCUGCAGUCUGUUUUCCUGCUGUCUGGAAACUGAAUCACUAUAGCAGGACACAGGACAGAGCGAGUAUCUAAUGAAUGCAGCUACCUGUGUUAACGCAUGAUAACAAACCAGGCGCACCACCAGCAUGGUCCGUGAAGACUGGUUGGGGAGUGAAGUGAAACUCUGAACUGUGACUGUGAGGUCCAAUCUGGCAGCUGUUGUCUUGAUCUGUUGCCUGUAGGAAAAAUACUGUCUUCUAAUAUCUGUGGCUGUUCUCUAUGGCUCGUCCUUUUUAUAAAUGUCUUUUGUAACAUGGAAAGAAUGGUGUUUUGUGUGUGUGUGGAGAAGAGUGGGGUGGGAGGGUAUUUUUGCAGCACCCUGGACAGUCAGACCAUUACAGUAUUCACCAUCCCACCUACCUUCGGAUCAAUUCCACUUCACUUGCUGACUCAGCAGUGUAACAUGAAUGCCAGCGUUAGGAGGGUUAUUUUCUCAGCAGCACUCCUUGAAGGCAAAACAUGACACUACAGAAGACGUAAGAGUACAGUUCUCUAUUGUUUCAUACAUAUGGUGGUGUUUCGGUGAGAUGCUUUGAUUGAAGCUGUUAUGGGUGUCUGUCGCUAAGGAAGGUGUUCUGAAUGUCCCAAAGGGAUGAGAAGCCCAGUUGUGCCAUAAAUGUGUCCAUGAUAGAACACCUGUUAUUCUGCAACUGAUUUGGUACAUUGUUCUGGUCACAAGGAACCUGAUAGGACAAACCACAACCAUCCCACUAAACCGUUUACAGUUGUAUUGGUGCAGCACCAUGUAAAGAUCAGCUGUAGAGCAAGGCCCAGUUUAGUUUCCGUGUGAACAGCAGCAUUUUUAGUUUGUGGAGAGAUGGACGCCUUUUCCUUUGCUGUAGGACACUCUUCCAUAUCAGAUAUUAACAUAACACAUGAGGAGCAGCUGAUGGGUGGAGUGAAAAUGAAGAGAUUCGAUUUCUGAGCUCAGUCAUAAAUAUAAUCUCUGCAGCUUCAAUUCUGGACACUUCAGAGACUAUACCAACUGACCACCUCCCUGUGACCCAAACAUCAGCUGAAGACUAGCCCCAGAGCUUUCCACCACAUCUUGUGGUCUUGGUCAGCGGUAUUUAGCUCAGUUUUUCACAUUGACAAAAAUAAUAUAAAUUAAUUUGAAUAAUUAUUUGGUCCCAAAUGUACAUUUACAUUUGAUUUCUGUUCAGUUGAUUCAGUUACUGUCAGUGUUCAUGGCUCAUUUAACCCCAAGGUUUUACCCAGAUUCUCGAUUCAGGGAGGAGAAGGUUAGCCGUUUGAGUCAGAGGUGUGUGGGAUGCACCUUCACUCUCUUCUCAGUUGGUACCUGUGUGUGUGAUGGCUGUGUGCAUGUGUGGAACCUGUACACUGCAUCUUUCUGUUUGGACAUUAAACCUGAAAUUGUGUGUUCAUCAUUGAACACAGUGCUGUUGCUUGUGUUUUCACUGAUUAAAAACUGUUGCGUUACUGUG